AAGAUGAGGAUCCUUGUACUUCUACUAUUUUAUCACUAUGCCACAAAGAAUGCCAAAAGUUACAGAACUUCAAAUCCUAACUUUAUUUUAAUCAUGGCUGAUGACCUUGGCACUGGAGAUCUUGGAUGUUAUGGAAACAAAACUUUAAGAACCCGCAAUAUUGACAAGCUAGCUAAAGGAGGAGUGACAUUUACUCAACAUAUAGCAGCAUCUCCACUGUGUACCCCAAGCAGAGCAGCUUUUCUGACAGGCCGAUACCCUGUCAGAUCAGGAAUGGCUGCAUUGUCAAACAUUGGUGUCUUCUUAUUUUCUGCCUCUUCUGGUGGACUUCCCACUGAAGAAAUAACUUUUGCGAAACUUUUGAAGCAGAAAGGUUAUUCUACAGCUCUUAUAG